AUGCCGGAGUUUAAGUUAGAGCCAGUGGACGGCGGAAAUCAUAUAGACCUACCGCUUGGAGAGACUGUUUUGGGGAGAGGACCAUUUCUCGGCGUGAAUGACAAAAGGGUUUCAAGACACCAUGGCAUCCUGGAAAACUUGAAUGGACAGCUGCAUCUCAAACCUAUACACCUGAACCCCUGCUUUAGUCUGGCAUCUGUGGAGGACUCACCUCAGCCCCUGCCGAAAGAUCAGUGGCACCAACUCCAGCCAGGGGACAUAUUCUCCCUCCUCCCCGGGAAGUACAUCUACAGAGUCGUUGCCAAUGACGACGAAGGAACCCAAAGAAACAGUCAAAACCUUGAGGUUCUGGAAGACUGUUCUACGCCAGCAGCCUCCAACCCCCAGGUCAAGACACCCAUUUUGGCCUCUCAGGGCUCGACCCUUAGAGCUAGCACUGAAGAGAGAGAGAAAGAUGAACAAAUUCACACUCCUGCUUCAACAAACCAGAUUGACAGCGAGACGCCUUCGUCGAGAAAAAGUGAAGAAAAGGCAUCGCCGCAACAGAGAAGAAAAAGAGAACUGCCCGCAUGGAUGAUUGGAUCUGCCCCUUGUGUCCAAAGCCCAUCAACUGCAAAGGGAGGUGGAAAGAAGGCUCCAGCGCGACCUAACCCUGCGAAGGCCAAGCAAGACGGCCCCAAACGAUCCAGGGCCGGGGUCCGGGUGUCUGAUGAAGAGGCGUCAGAACACAGUGACGUGGAGAAGGCGCCCAGGAAGAGGGUGAGGAGAAUUAAGAGUGACACAGAAGAGGAGUCGCAGAGACAGGUCAAUGAGCCUUUGCCGAGUUGCGGAACAAGGGCGUUUGAAGACGAGAUGAGCGAUGAGUCUGACGGCGGCGACGCGGUCAGAGAAAAGCAAAGAAAGGAGGCGGAGAAAGAGAUGGAAGGUGAAAGGCAAACGAAGAAGACAGCGGGCCGAACGAAUCCCAAAGCCGGACGUUCGGAGAACGGAUCGGAGGCAACGGGAGACUCGGAAAGCAAUGAAAGAGCCUCGCAGAACGGGCAGAGGAAUUCGAGGGUGAAGCAGUCAGAGGGCGCGUCAGGCAGCGCUGGUGUCAAAGGUCAGCAGAGGACGCCCUGUCCCUACGGCAGUUCCUGUUACAGGAAAAACCCAGUUCACUUUCAGGAGUGUAGUCACCCCGGUGAUGAUGACUACGAGGAAGAGCAGGCUGAGGAUGAUGAGGAUGACGACAGACCUGAAUGCCCCUAUGGCACUGACUGCUACAGGAAGAAUCCACUACACAAGAAAGAGUACAAACACACCAAGCCACCAGCAAAGAGGUCUGUACCAAGUGAAGAUGAUGAAGAGGAUGGUAAUUACGAUGACAGCUUCAUCAACGAUGACAGUGAGGAGGUUGAUGAGGACUCUGAUUACGUUCCUGACCAAUCAGAUGAUAGCGAGAAGGAGGACAUCAAACGGCUUCAGAAGGAGGCUGCUGCUUUUGUCAAGAGGAAGAGAAAGUGA